AUGGACGUCAGGAUCCUGCUCUUCCUACUACCAGUGGUGUGCGGUCAAUGUCCAUCACCAUGGAAUCUAGAAUUUCAGGAUUCCUGUUACAUGAUCGUUAAAGAGAAGAAACCGUGGGCUGAAGCUGACCGUAACUGCGGGCUUCACCACAGUAAUGGUCACCUCGUUAAGAUAGAAUCAGCUCAGGAGCAGGAAUUUCUCACAAACCACAUCAGGUCCCACCAAGCUGAAUAUGCUGGGGAACUGUGGACAGAUGGAACCGAUGUGGAGGUACAAGGCGAGUUUGUGUGGGAUUAUCUAUACCAACGCCUUACCUAUACUAACUGGAAAGCUGGAGAACCAAACAACCAGGGCGGCCAUGAACACUGUGUGGAGUAUGGACGUUCCUAUAACUAUCAAUGGAAUGACAUUCCUUGUGACAGGAGCUACCAGUCCAUCUGUGAAUUUGAGUAUGUUCCUAUGAUCAGGAAAUAUUACCUCUUCUAA